AUGGGAUUGAAAAUUUUGCUUGUUAACGGUUCUCACCCUUUUGGUCACAGCCAGGGCAAAUUAAGCGAAACGCUUCAAGGUGUUGCCAAUGAGACUUUGACGGGUUUAGGCCAUACAGUUCAUGAGACAAUUGUUACCAAAGGCUAUGUUAUUGAAGAAGAGAUUGAAAAGUUUGCUUCUUCUGACGUUGUCCUCUAUCAAUUUCCCGGAUGGUGGAUGGGUCUUCCCUGGCCUUUAAAGAAAUACAUUGACGAAGUCUUUACUGUAGGAUUCGGAAAGCUCUUUGCAAGCGACGGCCGUUCUCGUACAAGUCCUACCAAGAACUAUGGUAAAGGUGGUCUUUUGCAUGGUAAAUCUUACAUGCUUUCCACUACCUGGAAUGCUCCCUUUGAGGCCUUCCACGAGUUUGGAAAUUUCUUUGAUGGCCGUGGCGUCGACAAUGUCUUGUACCCUGUUCAUAAGGCUCACGAGUUUUUGGCAAUGACCUCGUUACCUUCCUUCACGGCGAACGAUGUCAUUAAAAACCCUCAGGUAGAGUCUUAUAUAUCCGCUUAUAAGCUCCAUUUACAAAAAGUUCUGCCUGCUUAUUAG